GAACUAGAAGAACUCUACUUCUUGAAACCGCGACUUUUCCCAACAUCCACAACCAUCACUUCGACACCUGCGCCGCCAGUGGCCUCCUCUUCUUCCGACAGUGAACGAAAUAGAGUUGGAGUCCUUGAGAGACCGGGUAAUAAAUCUGUUCCACAUGCCUGGUCGGCUUCCUGCUGCAUUGUACCUCUGACUGCUGCCUUCAUAGUAGGCAUAGCCUUCGAGUCAACUCAGCAAUUGCUAAAUGCGGCUGGUAUUAUAAACUACAGGCUGCGCACCCCAGCUGAAAAAUGCAGUUUAGUAUUAGGUAGCCUGUUUACCGUGCUGGUACCACUUAUCCUCUUUUUCCAUAUCCCCGUGGUGCUGUCAUUGGUCUUCGUUACAAUUGUAUCAAUAAAAAAGAAGAGUGGCAAGAUACAAUCGACGGAUACCGGUGACCUCACUCGAUCCGGCUUCACUUCGCCAGCGGGAGAUGUUCCAACUCAUUUGAGUCAAUAA